UGGCGGCACUUCCUCAGUUCGAUUUGUAACACACAAGACUCGAUACAACAUUGUGAGGAGAGGACUACAUUUUUGACUUACAGUUUUGUCGUGCAGCCCAGAGCAAAGAUGCCCAGCACACGCUCUCAGAGUCAGCCAACCCUGCAGUUCCCCCGCCGCAAGUCCUCCAGGGUUGUCUCCCGCUCCAAGACCACCGCCGAGCCCGAGUCUGAGGUUCCCCCUGCAGCAGCAGCAGCAGCAGCCGUCCCGGCCCAGAAUACCCCCCUCUCCCCCAGGCAUGCUGCCCUGAAGAGUGCCCCUCUGUCCCCAAGACUACCCCUCAGCCCACGGAAACGCAUGGGUGAUGAGAAUGGGUGCAACACCCCUCUGUCUCUGCUGGGCUCUCCCCCAAAACAGAGCCGAGUUGCCCUGACGUCCCCCCACAAAUCGGUGCUGUCCCCCCACAAAUCUGUGCUCUCCCCCCACAAACUGGCACUCUCCCCCUACAAGACGAAGACGGGCUCCCCCCGUAAGCUUUCCUUCGACGAGAACACCCCAGUCUUCUCUUCGCCGCCUCGCUCCAAACAGACGGACUUCCCCCUCUCCCCCCGCCCCUGCCCGUCGCCUAAGCGCCAGGAGACCCCCUGCAAGAGCCCUCGUGUCCAGCCCGCGGGGAAGCCCGUGAGCACCCGCCUCUUCCCCGAACAGAAGUCCCAGUAUCAGAGCGUGAAGCAGGCGCUCCACACGGCCGUGCCCGAGCGGCUGCUGUCCCGCGAGGCCGAGCGCGGCGCCAUCGUCUCCUUCCUGGAGUCCAACGUGGUGCCCGGGCGCCCGUCCAGCCUCUACAUCUCCGGCGCCCCCGGCACGGGCAAGACGGCCUGCCUCAACUGCGUGCUCCAGGAGCGAGAGGAUCUGCUGGUGGGCGUGCAGAAGGUGGUGAUCAACUGCAUGACGCUGCGCAGCUCCCACUCCAUCUUCCCGCUGCUGGCCGAGCGGCUGGGCUCCGCGCGGGGGCACAGCGAGGCCCGUCUGGAGAAGCUCCUGACCAGCGCCGGACCCACUGUCCUAUUGGUCCUGGAUGAGAUGGACCAGCUGGACAGCAAGAGCCAGGAUGUUCUCUACACCAUCUUUGAGUGGCCCUACCUGCCCAAAUCGCGCCUGUGCCUCAUCGGCAUUGCCAACGCGCUGGACCUGACGGACCGCAUCCUGCCGCGGCUCCAGGCCAAGCCGCACUGCCGGCCGCAGCUGCUGCACUUCCCUCCUUACAGCAGGCAGGAGCUCACCGCCAUCGUGCAGGACCGCCUCGCACAGGCGGGUGGCGAUGGCGUCCUAGACGCGUCAGCUGUUCAGUUCUGCGCCAGAAAGGUGUCUGCUGUGUCGGGAGAUGCGCGGAAAGCCCUGGACAUCUGCAGGAGAGCGGUUGAGAUGGUGGAGUCUGUCGAGCGCUCGAAGAAGUCUUCGGACUCGAGCGCCGGCGCUGCCAGAGGCGGGCGCGUGAGCGUGCCCCAGGUGGCGCGCGUGCUGUCGGAGGUGUACGGCGACCGCAUGGGCAGCGGCGGGGGCGGCGCGGCGGACGGAGAGAGCUUCCCCCUGCAGCAGAAACUCCUCGUCUGCUGCCUGCUGCUGCUCACGCGCAACGGCAAGAGCCGCGAGGUCCCCCUCGGCAAGCUGUCGGAGGCGUACGCCAGGCUGUGUGCCCAGAGGCAGGUGGGGGGGGUGGGGCAGGGCGAGUGCCUGUCCCUCUGCAGCCUGCUGGAGAGCCGCGGCAUCUUCGCCCUCAAGAAGGCCAAGGAGGCCCGCCUCACCAAGGUGUCUCUGAAGAUUGAGGAGAAGGAUGUGGAAAAUGCUCUGAAAGACCGAGCUCUCCUGGGCAGCAUCCUGAUGGCAGGUCUGCCCUGAACACGCCUGAACGCACCCCUUACUCCACUGAAUGAGAUUCUCAAUCACAUAUUUAUAUUUGUACAAUGUACAUUUUUGUAAAUCCCCUCUUUUUUUUUGCACAUUUUUAUUUGUAUAUAUGAUUGUUUGGUCAGAUGACCCACAAGCAGUUGCUGCUAUAGACCCAUCGUAAAUACAUAGCAUAUGGGUCAGGUAUUUUAAGACGUGUCCUUUGAGGGUAUCAUCUGAGAUUUAUUUUAUUUUUUAAUUGUCUACUUACUUUUAUUAUAGAGCAUUUCUAAGAAAUUUGAAUCUCAAAAGGUUUUGCUUUUGUGUUUUUGACAAACUUAUAUAGGUUUGAAUCAAAUGCUUGUCAGGUCAGAACAUUAUUGUUUAUUUUUUUUUUAAACUUAUUUUAUUUUUAAAG